AUGUCAAAUCGAAUACAUAAGUGUGAAUUUGUUAGAAUCAAGACAUCAAGUCAACUGACAAUUACACUAAGUGAUCCAACAGGAAAUGGAGUGCUCAAACGCAUGCGCUGGGUAUAUUUCCUCUCAUUGAUAUGGAUGAACUUGACAACAUCAUUACUAGCUUGCUCUCAAUCGGCAGAAUGCGCUCUUUCGCAUAAUAUUCAUUAUUUCAAAUGUGAUUUCACCAGUCUAAAGGUAUUAAUGAUUAAUGUGUACGAUUUCACGUUGUACUUUAGCACAAAUUACGGAAUUCGUAUUGUUAUAGACGCUCAUUAG